AUGAUGGGACGAAACGUUAUUCGGUUAGCGCUGAGAAGAUCUUUAAGCACGUAUCAACCACCUGUGGUCGAGAUCACGAAUAUAACUAAGUUGUGGCCCACUCUACGACCUGAAGUUAGAGAUGAAGUCAAAGAGUAUUUACGAUGGAGGAUGGAAGAAGAUUGGAAAUAUAUACCGCUAGAAGAGAUCAAAGCCGCGUAUUUCUUAUCUUAUGGUCCCUGUGGUGGCAGAUCUAAAAGCAACAAAUGGAACGUAGGGUACACAGGAAUGCGAAUGGUGUUCAACCUUGUUUUGUUUGGCGGUGCAGCGACUGCAUUUUAUAAUCGGAAGCAAGAUAAGAAGCUGGAGGAACAACUAAGGGAACUUGUGUAA